AUGAGGCUCAGCUUUCCCUGGAGUUCCCGCAGGUCGACUUCAACUGGCUGGUAUCGAGAUUUAGCGGCUGUUGGCGACGGGGGCUAUGCAGAUAGGACGAAUAUGACUGGCUGCCUCGCCCUCAACUCCGGCAGGACGCUUGGGGAAAACCUGGGGGGCGACUCCACGUUUUCUGACAAACUCCUAAAAGUCACCGACAGAUUUGACCUCUUUACUCGAUGCCCAGUUACCAGUAUGGACGAAGGAAACACGUCCACAUCGUCGUCCGUGACUGCCCGGUCGAAUCCGAGAUACCCUGCUGAGUGGUUAGACACAACGACUCAUCGGGCGAAAAACCAGGAUGUUGUUCAAUACGUAACGUUCGCCCGUCGGUAUUCAGGAUACAGAGCUGUGGAACAUUUAGAGCCUCAUUCCGCCGCCAAAAUCCCAAGGCUGUAA